UGAGAAAUCUCUCCACUCACUCUCUCACAUGCAUAGAAAUGCAGGAUUAACCCUGUGCGGAGAAGAACCUUGUGCCAAAACUACGUUGAUAGUCUACUUCUGAGGAAAGCGAAGGGGGGAAACCUGAAUCCAUACGUUCUUCCAUGUACAUUUCUACAUUAUUUUCGUCAGAUUAUGGUAUCAUUCCGUAAAGAAUAACGAGGAGCACUAUCAAAUUUUGUGAGAAGCUGCACUCACCUAAAACGAGUGUUUGAGGAUUUAUGGACUGAAACGGGGGAAGCUGCUCGAACCGUUUCUGUGUUGAGAAACAACAGCAAAGACAUUUGAACAGCCAUCAUUUUUAGUUCAUCAACACUUAAAUGAGUGCCGACGUUAUCAAACUGACGCGGAGUCGUGGGAAUGGCGUGGAAAAUAGCGCGGCUACUUAUGGAUUGUUUUCCAACGAAAGGAUUUGAUGUUUUCUUGAUGUGUGGAUUCUUUAAAUCAGGUGUUUGGUCCGUGUAAUCUCGAAGGAAACAUCUGUAGUUGAUCCUCAGACGAGAAGCCUCUGUCUUGGCAGGAAAAAAAAAAGUGAUCGACGAAGACUGAGGUGUUACCUCUCCGAGGGCCCAAUGGAUCUCCCUGUGGUGUUGUUUCUGCUGUGGGGACUGUCACUGGACUUGCUGAGUGGUGCGGUGGGUGGCAUUCUAUACCGCAUACAUGAGGAACAGCCUCCGAGCACACUGAUUGGCAGUCUGGCAGCUGACCAGGGGCUACCAGACACUGGACACCUGUACAAACUGGAGGUGGGCACUCCCUAUCUGCGGGUGGAUGGAAAAACCGGAGAUAUCUUUACCACUGAGAUCCCCAUAGACAGAGAGACACUGAAGGAUUGUCGUAAUAAAGGCAAGCCCUGCUUUCUGGAGUUUGAGGUGUCCGUCACAGACCUUAUUCAAAAUCAGAGUCCACGGCUGAUAGAGGGAAGGAUUGAAGUGCAGGAUAUCAAUGAUAACACACCACAAUUCCCCUCACCUGUCCUUACCCUAUCAGUUCCAGAGAACACCCACAUGGGGUCACUCUUUUCAAUUCCACUGGCCACUGACAAAGAUACAGAGAGGAAUGGAGUAGCUGACUACACCUUAACGGCAGGACCAGAGGCAGUAACACUCUUUGGUCUGCAAGUUGCAGAGGACCGAGGUGAAAAAUUGCCUCAACUCAUUGUGUUGGGAAGUCUUGAUAGAGAGCUAAAGGACUCCUAUGACCUCACCAUCAAAGCUGUGGAUGGAGGCAAUCCACCUCGCUACAGCAGUGCCUUGCUGAGGGUUGUCAUUGCUGAUGCCAACGACAAUGCACCCACAUUUGAAAAAUCCUCCUACGAAGCAGAGGUUGCAGAGAACAGCCCGAUCGGUCACUCCGUGUUACAGGUGAGGGCUAAUGAUUCAGACAUGGGUCCUAAUGGCGAGAUUGAAUACACAUUACAUCAGGCAAUUGAUCCUGUGCCAAAACUGCUCCGGAUAGACCGCUCAUCAGGCAUCAUAUAUGUCAAAGGCCCGUUGGAUCGUGAGGAGAUCAACAAUUUGAAAUUUUACGUUGUUGCACGAGACAAAGGUCCCUCACCCAAAAGUUCUAAAACGUAUGUUUCUAUUGAUGUGAUGGACCAGAAUGACAAUGCACCAGCAGUGGAGAUUCGAGGCAUUGGUCUUGUGACCCAUAGUGAUGGAGUGGCAAACAUUUCAGAGGAUAUGCCAGUUGGUACAGCAGUGGCAUUGGUACAGGUUUCAGACAAGGAUGAGGGAGAGAAUGCCGUGGUGACCUGUGUGGUUGCAGGUGAUGUUCCUUUCCAGCUUCGGCCAGCCAGUGAUUCAUCAGUUGACAACAAGAGGAAGUACUUUCUGCAGACCACAACACCCCUGGACUAUGAAAGAGUUAAGGACUACCGGGUGGAGAUAGUGGCAGUGGAUUCAGGCAAUCCAGCUCUGUCUAGCACUAACUCGCUGAAAGUCCAAGUCACUGACACAAAUGACAAUUCCCCAAUUUUCUCACCAGCCCUGUUUGAAGUUGAGUUUGCUGAGGAGAACCAACCAGGAGAAAAGGUGGUAGAUGUAGUUGCCUCUGAUGCAGACAGUGGCACUAAUGCAGAGCUUGUGUACAGCAUUAUUGCGGACUCUUCAACAAGGGGGCUUUUUGAGAUUGACCCCAGCUCAGGCGAAGUACGUGCUCGAAGCCCUCUUGAUCGCGAGCACAAGGAGCGCUAUGAGUUCCGUGUUACUGCAGCUGAUAAAGGGGUUCCGAAUCACAGGGGUACUGCCACAGUUGUAAUCAAAGUACUUGAUCGGAAUGACAACGAUCCUAAGUUCAUGCUGAGUGGCUACAGCUUCUCAGUCUUGGAGAACAUGCCACCUCUUAGCCCUGUUGGUAUGGUAACAGUACAGGACAUGGACGAGGGAGAGAAUGCUCAAGUGCAACUUUCUGUGGAACCGGAUGUGGGCAAAUUUGUGAUCCAGAAUGGUACUGGCACUAUUCUGUCCAGUAUUUCAUUUGACAGAGAGAAAGAAAGCAGUUACACAUUCCGGUUGAAAGCUGUAGAUGGAGGGGAUCCACCCAGGUCAUCAUACGUUGGAGUGACCAUCAAUGUUCUCGAUGAGAAUGAUAACGCACCGGUUGUCACUAAGCCAUCCAACUCAUCCUUUAUGCGUCUUUCUCCCAUGGCUGCUCCAGACAGUGUUGUAGAAGUGGUGGAAGCAGAGGACAUUGAUUCUGGUUCCAAUGCUGAGCUAGUAUACAGCAUUGCUGGGGGAAAUCCACAUGACCUUUUUUACAUCUCUCCAUCUAAUGGUGAGAUCACACUAACAAAGGAACUAACUCGGAAACAUAGUGGUCUACAUCGACUGGUGGUAAAAGUGAGCGACAGAGGCAAACCAUCCCGCCAUGCUAUUGCCUUGGUACACAUUUACGUAAAUGAAACCAUUGCUAAUGUAAGUCAUGUGGAGGCACUUGUGGGGCAUAGCUUGUACACCCCACUGGACAUGGACAUUGCAGGUGACCCAGAUUAUGGUUUGGCUGCCCAGAGAAGCAACAUUGUAUAUGGCAGUUUAGCAGGAGUGGCGGGAGUUGUCACUGUGAUUGUUGUGGUGGUCUUCAUCAGGCAUCGGCUCCAAAGAGAAGCAAAGAGUGGUUAUCAGGCUGGCAAGAAGGAGACCAAAGAUUUGUAUGCCCCCAAGCAAGGGCCAAAAAGUGGCAAGGGGAGAAAGGGUAAAAAAGGUAAGCCACCAAAGUCACCUAAACCUCUUGGAGAGGAUGAGGAAGUCAGCCUUCAGAAGAGUCUGAAAUUUAACCUUGAUGGGGUCAAUGACAGCCCCAGGAUCCAUUUGCCUCUGACAUAUCCACCUGGAAGCCCUGACCUAGGCAGGCACUACCGUUCCAAUUCCCCAUUGCCAUCCAUCCAGCUCCAGGCCCAGUCCCCAUCUGCCUCCCAAAAGCAUCAGGUUGUCCAGGAGCUCCCUGCUGCCAACACCUUUGUGGGGACAGGUGGUGAUGACAACUCCACCGGCUCAGACCAGUACUCGGAUUACAGCUACAAGACCAAUCCACCAAAAUACAGCACAAAAACGCUCCCCCAUCGCAGAGUGACGUUCUCCACAGCCAAUCCCGUGCAAGAUCAGCACGACUCCUCUCAGCAAAGUUACUAUGACAGUGGCUUGGAGGAGUCCGAGACCCCCAGCAGCAAGAGUUCUUCAGGACCCCGUAUCGGCCCCCUCGCCCUGCCUGAGGACCACUAUGAACGGACCACCCCUGAUGGCAGCAUCGGAGAGAUGGAACACCCGGAAACUGAUAUUCGCUCAUUGCCUGACGUUGCCAUGACGGGAAACUGCAGCCAGGAGUGCAGCGAGCUCGGUCACUCAGAUGCCUGUUGGAUGCCCGGUCAGCCUUCGCCCGUCCGCAAGACACGCAACCCCCCUAAACUGUCCACGUUUGUGCCUUAUCAGGAGAGGGGGAGCUUGGGACGCCUGGCCAAUGGGAGCGUGAGGUUGGGAGGAGAGGAGAACAGGCCACGCCUCCCACCUUCCCGUAGUGCCUACUCCAGUAGUGACCACACCCCCAGUGACCACGCCCCACUAGAGGAGGUGCCUCUGAGGGUGACAUCAGAGUUCCCGCCCACCAGCCCCCCCUCCAAUCACGCCUCGAAAAGAGAGAUAUACCUGUGAGAUAACCACACCCACCAUCUGUGAUUGACACACAUCAGAAGUUACAGAGACACGGUUGCGAAAAGAGAACAUCGGAUCUGCGACAGGAUAUCAAUUGAAUAGUGGAAAAAUACGCUAUUGUCAUCAGAGUAGAUUUAUUUAUUUUAUUUAUUUAUUCAUUCACGCAUCUAUUUAUUAUCAUUUUUAACACGUUAUUUCUUUUGUAACUAUUUGUACCGUUUUUUUGUUUUUUUGUUUUUUUGCAUACCAUUAAAAACAACCGAUAAAUACUUUUACGUGACUAACCGACGUUUAGCUUCGCUAGCCUACAGAAUGUUCAUGGGUUCUUUUACUAGAUUACCAAGUGCUGUAGUGGGCAGGAGAUACUGCUGUAAAAGGAUCCUGAGCCACAUAGAGUGUCUAACACUCUUUACUUGAUCCUGUCCUCAGAGGAGAGCAGUCUUUAUACAUGUAAAACGCUGUAAAUACAUUUGUAUGGUGUAUAUAUGAAUAUUACUAUCCGGCUUGAGUUGAAAAAUAAUACAAAUAAAUAAAAUAAAAUAAAAAAAAGGUCAAAAGUUACAUCUAAAUCAGCCUGAACACCUGAAAUGUGUGUUAUACUGCUGCUUUUGAGGGUCUGAACGUCUGCAAUGGCCAGUUGUUGGAUCGGAGCGUGCCCCGUCUAGGACCCAGAUCCUCACCUGCGGUGCUGUGUGUCCAUGUGCACACUGAAACCGGUGUAUAGUCUGUGUGCAAGUGUGCGUUUGGCGAGGGAGGGCGGUGGGUUUAACAGCGAUUAACUCGCUAUGACAGACCUUAGCAUAUGCCGGUGUGUGCGUUUGUGCGUCAGGGGACCUACUGUCACGAAAAGUAACACAUGUGGCUUCUGGCACAUUAACACGCUAUUCAACAGAAGAGAAUCCGCGUGCCGUGCAUACUUUUGUGUCAUGUGGCAGAACUUGUGUUUUUUUGGCACUGUGAAUCUCCCCUGAACUCCCACGGUGUACCGCAAGCGUUGCCUGGCACUCGCGGAGACGCCUACGGCUCACACAGCACAGCCUCAGUGAGGAGGAGACCACCUGCCUCCCCUCAAAUUAUCAGUAUCGUUCCGUUAACUCGAUGGUAUGUGAAAUCCACAGACGCGCCUCAUCUCCAUCAAAUUGCAUAUUCACAGUCCUUGGUUUACAUAGAUUUUAAACCUUUUUGUCCUAUUUAGACUUUGUUUGAUGAACAAAUGUAAUAAUGCCUUAAAACAGUUGUAUAUAACAAUCACAAUGGACAAAUUAGACUGAUAAUCCUGUCUUGUCUUUCGCAUGUCAAUUGUGCAUGUUUUUUUUUUUCCACAAUCAAAAAAGAAAAGAAAAAAAAUAUACAAAUGUUACAAACGAUCAUAUCACCAUAUUUUCUGCCACUUUUGUUUUGUUUUGUUUUUUGUCCUCCAUCAUUAGGGUAUUUCUUCGGGUUGGUUUUUCUUUGACACUGUGCUGACUAUCUAACCUGCUCUAAAGCUGUGUCUCCCUCCAUGUUUGAGAGAAUCUCUGGGGGACCAUUUUGACAAUGACUAUCUAUUGUGCUCAAGGACCAUAUAUCUGAUGGACAUUAUCAUUACUACUGCAGCGCCUCAACUUCACUGCUUUUUCCUCACCUGCUGCCGCACAGUACCCGCCCAGAUCCCGGUGCUUGGGCGAGCGUGUGUGUGUCUGCCCGGGAGAGUUGAAGAGGUGUUCUGCAAUGGGCAUUUCCUUAAUUAGGGUGAGUAAUGAGUGUAGUGUAGUUGGCAUAUGCGAAUACUCCAGCCCCCCAAAAGGAAGCACAGAUCACGGAAAAGAUCCCAGUUCAAAAGCUUCAAUUGUUUAAGCGAGUCGCAUUUUUUCACUGCACUUACCUCAUCGCGAAUGCCUUCAGCGCCUCUCGACGAAUAAUUAAGGCUGAAACGUAUGGAAAUUACUGGACGUAGCCAUGAUUAAAUAAGGGGAAUGAUUAUCCCGCCCUAAGGAAAGAAAGCACAUUAUGCUGUUUUCGAAGCCAUUUAGUGACUCUGAUAGGGGUGGGGGGGAAAAAAAAAAAUCCAACGAGAGUCAUGAUCUAGUGUAAUUAGCCCAGCUUCGCUUUCCCUCCUCUCCACUGCAAACCACACUCUGCCCAGGCGAACGUGUGAGAUCGCUGACCUGGACUUAACACGGCUAAAAGAUAGAGAUGACCACAAAACUCUGCCACCACUUAAAGGCUUUCAUCUAUUCAAACUCUGAGUGAAGCAGGCUUUGACCUUCCUCCACUCGGAUGCCAGACUGAGUCAGAUAGUCUGAAUUGCAGGUUUCGACUCUGGCUUUUUUUCUUUAUUCCUAGUAAUUCUAAGGCUAGUCUCCUAGAAUCCUUCCAGGCCAGAAUGCCGGAGGACGGACGGAGGAAUGUCCACUUCUCGUGGUUGUUUUUUAAACUGGUGUUUAGAUUUGUGCUCUUUCGCUGUUAGAUGUCUGGAUGUGACGAGACGACCGUAACGAACGAGGGAGUCUUUUCUUCAUCCUUAGAGCGAGACUUUUCUUCAUAGAAUAACGAAAACUGGUGUUUGUGGUAAACAUCUCGUAGAAAGCGUUCUGUACAUAGCUCUCCACAUCCUCUCUCCCCCGUGCGUGGUGUCGAGCAGGCGACGAGCUGAGCAUGAAUUCCAAAGAUAAUUGGUAGAAACCGUUUACUGUUCUUGCUGAAAUGUUAGUGCCGGUUCAAAAGAGAACAAAAGCGACGUUCACUGCACAAAACUCAUCUUCACCGUUCACCCCAAACUGAAGACAGCUGCCUUGAAAGUAUGUCUUUUGCAGGAGUUCAAAACUUGUUAUCCUUAACUGUUGGUUAUAUUUAUAUAGGAAUACAAAUGCUUGUGAUGAUCUGUUUUUGUACAGUUUUAUGUACAUGCAAGUGAAGCUUUUUAAAUCUUACAACAAAAGCCGAUGGCAUAUAAAAAUCGUAAAGUGUUUAUUGAGAUGUGCACAUCUUGCCUUGGAUGGAUCGAUCUUUUUUGCCGAGUCAGUGUGAAUGUGGCCCGUCUUAUGCCUGCACCGUAGUCAUUCACUGGCUCCUGUCACCGAGGGCUUUAUCAGAUUUUAUGUUUAUCGUGAACAGUGGAUUGUCCGAUCCGACUUGUUUGUUUGAUUCCCAUGUGUUUCGUUUCGUUCCGUUUCCGCAUGUUGAAAACAAACCCCUUGUAAUAAGUCCUUGCAAAGUUUGUAAUAAAAUGAGUGAAGAAAAAAAAACAAAGAAAUACAUUUGCUUGGUGAG